GUGCUGAUCGCGUACGGAACGGGCGUCAAGAUCUUAUUCUGAUCCGAUGUCUUCCUCCGAGCACGAAGUCCCGCUCUGCCAGAGCAUCUGCCUCUUCCUCCAAGACUAUGGGUUGGAUUGGAAGUACGCAGUAUUCAUAGCGGACGUGUUUCUACUGCCUCUGGAGAUAUUUGGCGACGCAUACCUGUCCCUCCCACUCACCGUGCUGCAAGGCCUUUCCCAAAAGAUGUGCCUGAACAUCGACCUAGGCUGUCACCUGAUGAACACGGUGGAUGGUCUGAAUGCAAAAAGAAUUGCUGCUUACAUCAUGGAUCUCGUUAGAAGUUGUGGUUGUACCGGGCAUAAUGGAGGGGAAUUUGCCUUAAGGCCGCAUUUCUAAGGAGAGGAAGAGUAGUAACCAUCAGCAUAAUCAGGAUUCCUCUUGAGUUAAUUAUAACAAAAAAUAUUUUUCACUUCAGAGUAUAUUUGUUCACACACACACACAAAAGUCACGAAAGCAAAAACAUUUUACACAUUUUCAUGGACAGAUAUUCAUGUAUAAAAAUUAGUGUGUGUCUGUGUGUGUUUGGAGUUGGGGUGGGGUGUGCACGUGCAUGUGUGUGUUUAUACAUAUCUAUGGUGUACAAAUCUAAGGAUAAAAGCUUUCACUCUUGAUUUUAAACACACC